AAUUCUAAGAGUAAAACCCUCGAUAUAAAAUCCCACCACUUCAUCAUCAUCAUCACUCCCCAAAAACCCCACUGUUAAAAAGGUGGAAAAGAGUCUGCUUCUACUCCCACCACACAUAACCUAAACCCCUACGAUUUUUCAUUCUUUCCAGAGCGCCUCCGGCAAUCUCUUUCACAAAGAAGAUAAGAAGAAAAAGGAAUGUUGGGUUUUGCUGCCACCGCCGGUAACUCUGUCAACACCGCUUUUACUAACGGAGUCUGUACUCUUCAGUUCAUCAAGUCUCGCAGAGCCGCCUACUCUCCUCAAAAGGCAUCAAUUUUGUAUCGGAUUCCGUCAGUGUUUUGUCAUAAUAAGGUUAGUUUAGUGAAGGCAAUGUCUGCUGCAGUGGAAGCAUCUCCAGCAACAACUUCAUUGAAAGGCAACAAGCAAGCGUUGAUAUCGGUGUCAGACAAGCAGGAUCUUUCUUUACUUGCCAAUGGACUUCAGGAAUUAGGGUAUACAAUUGUUUCAACUGGUGGAACAGCGACUGCUUUAGAGAAAGCUGGAGUUUCAGUAACCAAAGUAGAACAAGUUACUAAUUUUCCUGAAAUGCUUGAUGGCCGUGUGAAAACUUUACAUCCCAGCGUUCAUGGGGGUAUUCUAGCUAGAAGAGACAUGCAGAAUCACAUGGAUGCUCUAGAUAAGCAUGGAAUAGGGACUUUUGAUUUAGUUGUGGUAAAUUUGUAUCCCUUUUAUGAGAAAGUUACUUCAAGCGGUGAAAUUACAUUUGAAGAUGGAAUUGAGAACAUUGACAUUGGUGGCCCUGCCAUGAUCAGAGCUGCGGCAAAGAACCACAAGGAUGUACUCGUUGUUGUUGAUGCCGGAGACUAUCCUGAACUCUUGGAUUUUUUGAGAGGAAAUCAGGCUGAUACACAUUUUCGUAGGAAGCUCGCUUGGAAGGCUUUUGAGCAUGUUGCUUCGUAUGAUUCUGCAGUAUCAGAGUGGCUAUGGCAGCAGACAGUAGGAGAUAAAUUUCCUCCCAGCCUUACCAAGAGUCUCUCAGACAAAUGUUCUCUUCGGUAUGGUGAAAAUCCCCACCAGAAAGCUGCAUUUUAUGUUGAUAAGAGUCUUUCUGAGGUUAACGCUGGAGGUAUUGCCACUGCAGUCCAGCAUCAUGGGAAGGAAAUGUCAUAUAAUAACUAUUUGGAUGCGGACGCAGCUUGGAAUUGCGUAUCAGAAUUCCCAAAACCUACUUGUGUGGUUGUGAAGCACACAAAUCCGUGUGGUGUAGCAUCUCGAGAUGACAUUCUUGAAGCAUAUAGGCUAGCCGUGAAAGGAGACCCAGUAAGUGCAUUCGGUGGGAUAGUUGCAUUCAACGUAGAAGUUGGCGAGACUUUGGCAAAGGAAAUCAGAGAAUUUAGAAGCCCAACUGAUGGUGAAACAAGGAUGUUUUAUGAGAUUGUGGUUGCUCCCAAAUAUUCUAAGAAAGGUCUUGAGAUUCUUCGUGGGAAGUCAAAAACCCUGAGGAUUCUUGAAGCAAGUAAGAAUGAAAAGGGAAAACUCUCGCUCAGACAAGUUGGUGGGGGUUGGUUAGCACAAGAUUCUGACGAUUUAACUCCAGAAGACAUUGAUUUUAAGGCAGUCUCUAAAAAGGCUCCAACAGAGGACAACCUUUCCGAUGCGAAAUUUGCUUGGUUGUGUUGUAAGCAUGUCAAGAGCAAUGCUAUAGUUAUUGCCAAGAACAAUUGUAUGUUAGGGAUGGGCAGUGGGCAACCAAACCGCCUAGAGAGUCUAAGGAUAGCUUCAAAAAAAUCUGGCGAGGAGAUUAAAGGAGCAGCUCUAGCCAGUGAUGCUUUCUUCCCCUUCGCUUGGAAUGAUGCAGUAGAAGAAGCUUGUCAAAGUGGGAUUUCAGUUAUUGCAGAACCUGGCGGUAGUAUGAGAGAUCCAGAUGCCAUUGACUGUUGUGAUAAAUAUGGUGUCUCUCUUCUCUUCACCAAUGUUAGGCAUUUCAGACACUAGUUUGUUUUACUCUAGGUGUAAUGUAGCCGACCCCCAUUGGUCAAACAGUUUCCUUAGGUCUGGGAUUUCCUUUUCAUAGUUCCAAAAGUAGGUUUCUGAUUUUAGUUUGAAUCCAAUGCUACUUGUUUGCAUUGCAGAGAAUGGAAAGAUGAAAUGUAUAAGAGUUGUUUGAAAUUGGUUUUUGAAGCUGCAUUGCCUUGAAAAAUUUUACAUUUUGAAAUAUAAGGACAUUUCAAUUUAGGGUCCCAAA